GUUUGGAGGGGCAGGGGGCGUGGCCAGGCCCCGGCGGAGGCGGCGCGCGCUCAGGCGAUGGGGGAUGGAGCGGGGGGAGGAAGAGGAGGAGGAGGAGGAGGAAGGAGCCAGGGACGAGGCUGAAGACGGAGCCGGGGCUGAGGAUGAGGAAGGACCCGGGGCUGGGGCUGAGGGAGCCGAGGAUGAUGAUGAAGAUGCUGAAGAUGAUGGCGGGGCGGUGGCCGCGCGGUUCCUGGCCCUGGAGCUCGCCCUGUCGCAGCGGCUGCGGGCGCUGCCGCCCCCCGGUCCCCCCGUGGCGCUGCUCUACGCCCCCCUGGAGUACGCGUGGGACCCGCACCGCCGCUUCGUGCGGCGCUACCUGCGCUCCCCGAAACGCGUCCUGUUCCUGGGCAUGAACCCGGGCCCGUUCGGGAUGGGGCAGACCGGGGUCCCUUUCGGCGAGGCGUGGCACGUCCGGGAGUGGCUGCGGGUGCGGGGCGCGGUGCUGAAGCCCCCCCGGGAACACCCCAAGCGCCCGGUGCUGGGGCUGCGCUGCCCGCGGGCCGAGGUGAGCGGGGCUCGCUUCUGGGGGCUCAUCCGCAGCCUCUGCCCGGACCCCCGGCGCUUCUUCCGCCACUGCUUCGUGCACAACCUGUGCCCCCUCCUCUUCCUCACCGAGUCCGGCCGGAACGUGGCGCUGCCGGAGCUGCGGGGCCCGGAGCGGGAGCGGCUGCUCCGAGCGUGCGGGGACGCGCUGGUGGCCGCCGUGGUGGCCCUGAGUGUCCGGCUGGUGGUGGCCCUGGGCAGGGUGGCGGAGGUGCGGGCUCGCCGGGAGCUGCGCGGGGCCGGGCUGGACGUGGAGGUGCGGGGGAUCCCCCACCCGUCCCCCCGGAACCCCCGGGCCAACCGCGGCUGGGAGGGGGAGGCGAGAGCCAGGCUGGAGGAGCUGGGGGUGCUGCGGCUGCUG